AUGAAAACCAAUAAACUUUCCCGUACUUCUACUAUGGACCCCUAUGAUUAUUUUACCGAUGACUUUAUCUAUAGUGAUCCGUUUGGCAGAGGAUACAUCAAUAACGAUGACUAUCUCACUGAAAAUUUUCAACAAAUGGCAGAAUAUUACGCCAGCAUUUUAGGAGUACUCCAUCAGAUUUAUGACAUCGCGGUGGUCGUCAACUUUAUAGUGAACAUUCCUCACUUAUUUAUUUUAUGCCAAAAAGAAUUGAGGUCCAACUUGGUUUACAUCAUCAUGAUUGGAAUUUGUCUCUGUGAUUUCAUACAUUCUAUUGGUAAAAUGGCGAAAAUUUUCAUGACAUGGCAUAUAAUAUACCAGAUAGAAAAGUGUCCUGGUGUCUACCCGUAUUAUCAUAUUUUUAUCGAUGUCUUCUCAAAUUCCACUCAAAUUAUGAGCCGACGAUGCUCAGCGUUUCUCGCGUUGUUCAUCGCUGCGUUUCGCUCAUUUUCCGUAAUUUUCCCGAUGAGUUCAGCUGUCAAUAUUCUGAUGAAAGCUAGAUCUGCAUGGCUGAUUGUGCUGAUGAUCGGAUUGAUUUGUGGUGGAUGGAGUGCGGUUUACUCUCAAUGCACAAUAAUUGAAAAACUUCUGAUGUGUCCUGGUGGCUACACACCUAGCUACGUAAUGUAUAUACAUGUGACCACUGGGAAAGCUGAAAACCUAUUUCAUUUGAUUGAUGGGUGUAUUGUUAUCACAGUGAGCUUAGUGUAUAUCGUGAUGGCUCUAGCGUUAAUGAUUGCUCUAGCAGCGGCGCAGAAACGGAGGAAAAAUUUGAAGAGUGAUAAAGCAUUUUUCGGGGAGCUAGAAGUUGUUGCUCUCACAUUCUCCAUCGGAAGUUCUAUUGCCCAUUGUUUCAUUUGUUUCUGUAUGUCUUCUCAGUAUAGGGAUGUUGUAAAGAGAUUUUUGUGGAAGGAGAAGAAAGAAGUCAAAGUUGCCGCUCCGGAAUCUUCUAUACAUCCAACAACUGUAGAUACUACGAAAACUUCAAACUCUUCUAAAAGAACAACUUAA